AUGACUAAGGAUUCUGGAUUCAGGAUUCAGGGUUUACUGACCACACCCUGGGACCCGCGGGGGCGGAGCCGGUUUGCUCACGCGGCCCGGGCAGCGGGCUGGGCGAGCUCUGGGUUCCUCCUUUGGAUGGUUGUGGGAGCCAGCUUCCUCCGCGGGCUCAUCCGCCAGGACGUGCACACGGAAACCUUGCCUGCUGGUUGGCGGGAGCCUUUACCUGGCGUUGAGGGAGUCUGGCUACAGUGUUCUCCGUCCACCUUCUGUCUAGAAGACACUUCACCUCGAACCAUGAAUCUCGACAUUCAGUGUCAGCAGCUGAGUGACACCCGGUGGAUGGAGCUCCUGCCUCUGAUCCAGCAGUACCAGGUGGUCAGGUUGGACGACUGUGGCCUCACGGAGGUGCGGUGCAAGGACAUCUGCUCUGCCCUCCAGGCCAACCCCUCGCUGACCGAGCUGAGCCUUUGCACGAAUGAGCUGCACGAUGCCGGGGUGCGGCUGGUGCUCCAGGGCCUGCAGAGCCCCAGUUGCAGGAUCCAGAAGCUCAGCCUCCGGAACUGCUGCCUGACGAACACCGGCUGCGAGGUCCUGCGCGACGCGCUGCGCUCCCUGCCUACCCUGCGAGAGCUGCAGCUCAGCGACAACCCGCUGGGGGACGCGGGCCUGCAGCUGCUCUGCAAAGGACUCCUGGACCCCCAGUGCCACUUGGAGAAGCUUCAGCUGGAGUACUGCAACCUGACGGCCGCCAGCUGUGAGCCCCUGGCCGCAGUGCUCAGGGCCUGGAGGCAUGUCAGGGAGCUUGUGGUAAGCAACAACGACAUCGGCGAGGCCGGCGUGCAGGCGCUGUGUCGGGGCCUGGUGGACUCUGCCUGCCAGCUGGAGACGCUCAAGCUGGAGAACUGUGGCCUCACACCGGCCAGCUGUAAGGACCUGUGCAGUGUCGUGGCCUCCAAGGCCUCGCUGCAGGAGCUGGACCUGGGUGGCAACAAGCUGGGUGACCAGGGCAUCGCCACACUGUGCCCCGCGCUGCUGCACCCCAGCUCCCGGCUCAGGGUCCUGUGGCUCUGGGACUGUGACAUCACCACCACGGGCUGCAGAGACCUGUGCCAAGUGCUCAGGGCCAAGGAGAGCCUGAAGGAGCUGAGCCUGGCAGGCAAUGCGCUGGGGGACGAGGGUGCCCGGCUGCUGUGUGAGAGCCUGCUGGAGCCUGGAUGCCAGCUGCAGUCCCUGUGGGUGAAGUCCUGUGGCCUCACGGCCGCGUGCUGCCCCCACGUCAGCGCGAUGCUGACCCACAACAAGCACCUCGUGGAGCUGCAGAUGAGUGACAACAAGCUGGGCGACUCCGGCGUCCAGGAGCUCUGCCAGGGCCUGAGCCAGCCUAGCGCCACGCUGAGGGUGCUCUGGCUGGGGGACUGCGACGUGGCCAACGGCGGCUGCAACAGCCUGGCCUCGCUCCUGGUGGUCAACCGCAGCCUGCGGGAGCUGGACCUCAGCAACAACUGCAUGGACGACCGGGGCAUCCUUCGGCUGAUGGAGAGCCUGGAGCGGCCUGACUGUGCGCUGGAACAGCUGGUCCUGUACGACAUCUACUGGACGCAGCAGACUGAGGACCUCCUUCAGGCCCUGGGGGAACGCAAGCCAGGCCUGCGGAUUAUCUCCUGAGAGGCCUCCUGCCCCUCCCCCUCCGGACCUCCUGGCUGAGAAUGAAGAGAAGGGUUCAAAUCGAUGGACUUCUGUGGGAAAGUUUCAGACACUUUUAUUAAAGCACUUUUUUUGGCAGGA